CGCGCGGGGACAAGCCGCUGUCCGCGUACGAAACCUUCAAGGCCAUGCCGCUCUCGGAGCGGUGCAUGUACGCGUUCGCCGCGCUUCCGGUGCUGCCGGUGCUGCUGCUCGUCGGGCCCAUCAUCGCCGCGGCGAAGUGCGCGGAGGGGGACAACUCGCGAUACUACAAAGAUCCCAUCGACGACGACGGGGAUGAGACCCCGGAGCGCCGGCGCGAGAUGCUCGCGCUGCGCCAGGCGGGCUACGGCGACCGCGUCGCGGUCAGCCUCGGGAAUGUCCCGACCGGGGUGAUCCACAACGACUACUCCUUCCGCGGGCGCAACGCGCAGCUGCGGAAACCGGCGGGGAUCAAGAGCGGGAGUAAACCCGUGAAGAGCGCCAACGAGAUCUGGCUCAGCCACAAGGACGAGCCCGCGCCGGGCGGGACAAUCAGCAGAGACAAGACACCCAACGGCAGCGUGCGCGACGCGACGCGAGCCGGAGCCAUCGUCAACGGCGGAGAGGUCGCGGGUUCGAUUCCCCCCGGGGCCGCCGCAUCCGGCUCGCCGCGAUCGUCCAACGGGGGAUCGCGCGAGUCGUCGACGCGGAACGGAUCCCAUCGCGCUCGCGGACGCACCAUCAGCUUCAACGACGCCGCCGAGGUGCUCGACGAUAUUCGCGGUGACGGCGUCGUCCGCUCGAGCGACCCGGGCGUGCGACCCGUUCGCUCGUCGCUCGAUUCCACCCGCGGGUUGGAAGACGCGUCGACGUCGGGCGAGACCACCGCGCGCUCGGGGCUUCACGCGGCGAACCAAAACCAAAACCAAAACCAAAACCAAAACCAAAACCAAAACCAAAACCAAAACCGCCACGUCGCCAGGCCGGCGUUGAGACACCCGGGGUCCCCGUCGAGGUGGGGCGCGCCCAAGCCGCUGACGAGCGACGAGGUCUGGGCCGCGAACGGGUCGUCGUCGCCGCGACGGAGCUUGGACGGCGCCGAGCAGGAGGAACUCGCCAGGGGCGGGGGCAGGUUUCGGCGGAUGGGGUCCGCCGCGGAGAACGAAAACGGAGACGGCGGCAAUGGCGGGGACGGCGUGCGAGAGCGAGGGGACAGCGCCAGCGGCUCCCUCCUGGGCGACGUGGAGGCGGAGGCGCGGAGGACGCUGGAGCUGGACGCGUCCACCGUCCUGGUGAAACCCUUCACCGAGACUCUGCACCCGUCGCCCAAGCAGGUUGUGCCCAUCACGGGUGGUGACCCGAAGAGUGGCGGCGUCGCCAUCUGAUUCGGGGAGCGCGAAAACGCUGGAUUUCCUUCCCGACGCGCUCGUCGAGGUUCUUAUUACUCCCUCCGCGCCGACGGAGAAAGAUGAUUGUGUACAAAACGGGGGGCGGCGGUCAUUUUCCGCAGCAGUCCCGACCCCCGACAUUCUUUCAAGAUAGCGAACUCGGGUUUCACGUGUAAUAAUGGAGACAAAAUCGAGAC